AUGCUGGAGCUGUACAGCCUGAAGUACCUCUUACGCUCUUACUUCCCGCUUUACCCCACCUCCCCCUCAACCCAAGCACCAAGAGCUACCAGCACCCCGACGACCCCCCUCCCGAAUCCCGUCCAGUCUACCUGGGAAGUCUCCAUCAGCAACCGCUGCUUCUCUGUCCUGUCCAGGGUCGAGCCUUCUUUCUGCUCGAUUUUUCUACUCCAGACCUACGCCAGCCUCAAGCUCUCCCUCAUAAACGUCGUCUGCACUCCCACCGCUGACGCCCGCCUCUUCUCGGUCCCAUCAUCCCCAAGGCUGUGUCUGUCCGAUCAUUCCACACACACAACUCUCGCUGCGACCGAUAACCCCGCCUCAAAAAUGAGUUUCUCCAAUAUGCUCAGCAGGCUCCAGGGCCAACCCGAGAGCUACGAUAAGAAGGCUAAAUAUCGCUUCGGUCGCACUCUCGGAGCUGGAACUUACGGUAUCGUCCGUGAGGCUGACGGUCCUACUGGCAAGUGCGCCGUCAAGAUUAUUCUCAAGAAGAAUGUGAAGGGCAACGAGAGAAUGGUCUACGACGAGCUGGACAUGCUCCAGCGUCUGAAGCACCCUCACAUUGUCAAGUUCGUUGACUGGUUUGAGUCGCGUGACAAGUACUACAUCGUCACUGAACUAGCUACUGGCGGAGAGCUGUUCGAUCGUAUUUGCGAGCAGGGCAAGUUCACGGAGAAGGAUGCUUCGCAAACCAUCAAGCAGGUCCUCGAAGCCGUCAACUACUUGCACCAGAACAACGUCGUACACAGAGGCAAGUUUUGCCAUUAUAACUUGGGUGCCCAUUUCUUUCUAACUAGUAGAUCAGACUUGAAGCCCGAGAACCUCCUGUACCUUACCAGAGAUAUGGAGUCCGAUCUCGUCUUGGCCGAUUUCGGUAUCGCCAAGAUGCUCGACCGCAAAGACGAAGUCCUCACAACAAUGGCCGGUUCCUUCGGCUACGCAGCCCCUGAGGUCAUGUUGAAGAAGGGCCAUGGUAAGCCGGUAGACAUGUGGUCCAUGGGUGUCAUCACAUACACUCUGCUUUGCGGUUACUCUCCUUUCCGCUCGGAGAACCUCCAGGAUCUUAUCGAUGAGUGCAGUAAUGCUCAGGUCGUCUUCCACGAGCGCUACUGGAAGGAUGUCAGCGAUGAUGCAAAGGACUUCAUUUUGCAUCUUCUGCAACCAGAGCCCGUCAAGCGCUGGUCGAGUGAAGAAGCUCUCCACCACCCGUGGCUCAGCGGAGAGAAUGCCACCGACCACAACUUGCUGCCCGAGAUCAAGGCCUACAUGGCCAAGGCCCGUCUUCGCCGCGGUAUCGAGAUGGUCAAGCUUGCCAACAGAAUCGAGACGCUCAAGGCACAAGAAGAGGACACAGAGGACUCAGACUUCCCAGCCGACGCUAUCAGCGCCGCAGACCAGUCCAAGCACGUUGGCGCACACGAAGUUGCCACUGGCGAGAAGCGCAGCCUUUCCAAGACCAUCAAGGGCGCCAUCUUCCGUGAGGUCGUCCUUGCCAAGGUCCGCGAGAUGAAGCAGCAGCAGGACACACUCAAGGUGAAGGAGGAUGCGGAGAAGGAGCACAGAAGACGCAGCUUUCAGGGAUGA